GUAGAAGAAUAUAAGCUGUGGUCAAUUGAUCGAACGAUUGGUGAUCGAGUGCUUUUGCUGUUCGGUAAAUGUAAAUGUGUGUUGUAUCAACGAGGAUUAUUGUGCAAGUACUGAGUACUUGUCGAAACAUGAAAUCUGAAAGUCGAUAGUAACCUACGGUUCAGGAGAGUAGUAUAAGAUUCUACAAGGUGUUCCCGCGGGAUUUGGCGAGCUGGCGAAGCCAGGACGUGAAUACUCGUCAUCCUCGGAGGAUACCGCAACACGUAGUAAAGACAGUGGUAUCCUCGCUGUGCGAGGUCAAUCUUUCACAAUGUCAGGCUUAUGCACUGAUAUAUUAAGGAAAAGUUAUACAGCUGCUCAUAUACAUGCAGAAUGUAGCAAUUUGGCUCAUGACAGUGGCUGUCCACCAUCUCUUACUAAAUUAUUGGAUGAAUUAUUAAAUCCUAGUAAAGAUAUUGGUGACAGAGAAACUAUAAAUUGGUGUAAAUGGUUAAUAGCUAGUGGUAAUACACCAGAAAAAUUUGCUAAAAUAGUGAGAAUGUAUGAUAAUGCUACAACUUGUGGAUUAGUUUGGACACCUAAUUUUGUUGCAUAUCGUUGUCGUACAUGUGGUAUUUCACCAUGUAUGUCUUUAUGUACAGAAUGUUUUAAAAAAGGCAAUCAUUAUGGCCAUGACUUUAAUAUGUUUUUGAGUCAAGCAGGAGGUGCAUGUGAUUGUGGUGAUGCAUCUGUUAUGAAAGAAUCAGGAUUUUGUGAUAGGCAUGGACCAAAAGCAGCUGUUGAUACAUCAGCUGCUCCAUCAAAUUUAAUGUGUGUAGCAGAAGCAAUGAUGCCUAGAAUAAUUCUUCGUCUUAUACAACAUUUACGUGAAAAUUGUACGGUGGGUCGACGAAAUUAUGAAGCUGCAAUACAAGAUGCAGAUGAAUAUUUAACAAUGCUCAUUGAUUUUAAUAAAAUGGGUGCAUUAAUGAGGCAUGUUAUGACAUCAGCUUUAACUAAUCCACAAAAAUAUAGGAAUCUUAUGGAUCCUACUGUAUCAACUGGAGAACCAGAAUAUGAUAGUUAUUGUCAAGAUAGUAAUGAAAUAUAUCAAAAUGCAGUAAGAUCAUUACCAAAUCCAGAACCACCUGAUGAAUAUAAAGAAUGUGCAUCAUUACAAGAACAUUUACAACAUACCACUUUUUUAGAAGAAUUAAUGUUUUGGACAGUGGCUUAUCAAUUUCCACAGAAAUUAGUCUGUUUGCUAUUAAAUAUGUUACCAGAUCCAGAAUAUAAAGAAGCACUCACUCGAGCAUUUGUUUUACAUUACAGUAGAGUUUCAAUGAUGCUUGAACGUUCAACAGAUCCUGAUACUUUGAGCAACAGAGUAGUUCAUGUCAGUGUACAGCUAUUCAGUAAUGAAAGUUUAGCAUUGAAAAUGGUAGAUCAAUUAAAGUUGUUGCAUGUUAUGGUGAUAGCUUUAAAAUAUAUGAUGAGUAAAAUAUUGAUUCAAAAUACUUUACAUGAUCCAGACAAAAAUUUUCAUUAUGUAGUAGAUUGUGAACGUCAAGUGAUGAAGGAACAUUGCUAUUGGCCUAUUGUAUCAGAUUUAAACAACGUUCUUUCACACAAACCUAUAGCUGUCAGAUUUAUGAGUGAUGACACACUUUUAGAAAUGUGGUUUGAUUUCCUAUCUAUGUUUCAAGGAAUGAAUGUAAAUCAACGAGAAGUAAAUCAACAUGUUGAAUAUGAAUCUAAUACAUACUAUGCAGCAUUUAGUGCAGAAUUAGAAGCUAGUGCAUAUCCAAUGUGGGCUCUAGUUUCUCAUUUACGUGGUCCAGAAAGUGCAGUUCUUACUCGUAGAGUUUUAUCAUUUUGUCUCACUGCAUUGCAAGAUUGGCUAGAUGCUAUAAAUUUUACUCAUCCAAAUGUGAGUGAUAGUUUACAAGUGUCUUUUCAUCUUCCAUUGCAUCGAUAUUUUGCUGUAUUUAUGUGCCAAGCUGUGCGUCAACAAGGGGCUACACUCAAUGAUUUGUUACCUCCUACAGACAUGUUACAUCUUUUAAUGAUGCAUCCUUUACGAGUUCAGGUUGCCUUUUAUGAAAUUUUAAAUGGAUUAUGGGUGCGUAAUGGUCUUCAAAUAAAAGGUCAAAUUAUGACAUACAUACAAUGCAACUUUUGUAAUUCAAUGGUAGAUGCAGAUCUUUAUUUACUUCAAGUCUGUGCAACAAAACUACAACCAGACAUUUUUCUAAAAACAAUUGUUAAAAAAUUCCUUGUGAAACAAGAAUUGAGCCUUUGUUUAUACAGAACAUCUCAAAAUGAAUACAUGGAUGGAAAACAUGAUAUGCCUAUGUUAGAAAGUUUUUUAACAUUUUUAGCAAUAUUACUUAAUGUACGAACAAAUUUAGGUUUAUCUGAUCCUGAAAUGUCCCGUUUAGAAAUGGUUACUUUAUUAUCUAUGGGAGAUAAAACUCAUAGUCAAUUAAUGGAAUUAAUGCCAGAACGUUCUGGUAGUACCCAAAAUAGAGAUUUUGAAUCUGUAUUGGCUGAUGUUGCAGUAUAUAGGGCACCUAAUCUUGAAGCUAGUGGAAAUAUGCAACAAGGAAUGUAUGGACCAAAACCUCGUUUAGUCUGGGAAGAGUUAUUUGAUCCUUUGCAUGUUUUGCUAAGAGCAGCUCAAAGAGGAGAUUUUCAAAUGGCAAUGGAUCGUUUUACUGAAUAUGUGAAACAAUCAGGAAAAUUAAAAAAUAGUGCAAUUCCAUGGCCACCAUUUAGGCAUCCUGCUCCUGUUUCAUCUGCAUAUGAUGAUCCACGAAUUGUACUACGAUCUAGAGUUUUUCAUUCUAUGAUUUUAAUAAUUUUAUAUAAAUCUGUGUAUGGACAUAACAUAUCAGAGCAUAUAAUGGCAUUGACUAUUUAUUUAUUAGAAAUGGCAGUAAUUACUGCAGAAAUUCCUGAUAAAUCUAUGAAUCCUUUGUGUCAUUAUACUAGUGAUGAAUCAUCUCGUAUAAUAAAAGACAUGGAUUUAGAUGGUUGGUAUAAAACUGAUGACUUGUCUGAAAAUUUGAGAACAGUAAUACCUAAAGUAAUCUUAGUUCAAGAAUCAGAAUCAAGUAGCUCAGAUAGUGACUUUGAAUGGGAAAUUCAAGGUGAAAUGACUGAGGUUGGAACUUCACUCAUGAUAAAUGAUGCAACAGAUGAAGGUCCUUUAGAAGUUUUAGCUCUUCCACCUUUAGAUACUAUUAGUAAUGAUACUGGAUUACAAGUUGCUAUGAAUGCUUCUUUACCUGUUUUACCUCAAGUAAAUGACCAAUUUCAAAUAACUUUUGUACCUGAAGAUGGAAUUGUUACAAUAUCAGAAGCUAAUAGUGAAGAUGAUUUAAUAACUCUACCAAGAGCUUUACCAUCAUCCACCGAAGAAUCCAUGGCCCUUGCCCUUGAAUCACCUCCUCUACCAAACAAUUUUGUUAGUCAACCAGCAUUACCACCAGCACCUCAACGGCCUGCUGUUAUGGCUGGUAACGAAAUAGUUGCUGCAACAACAAUGUACUCGAGAUUGAGUAAUUCUAAUGUAACGACGACAGAAAUUGUUCCAUCUACAUCGAGUUCACAUAAACACUUUAAAAGAAGGGAAAUUCAGGGUGGAUCAUUACAAUCACAAACGAUAAAAGUAGAUGAGAGUAUAAUCACGUUAUUGUUAAAAUUGCACUCGCAAUUAUCAGGUGUUCCAGAUAGUUAUAAUCCUGAACAGAGUGCAAUGUCGGAUAAUGAAGCUAGUAGUAGUUCAACUAUAGAACCUAUAGAAUCGCGAAUUGGUGAUGGCCCAUUCUUUAUUGCGAAUCUAUUGAACAAAAUAACAAACUUGGAUCCUAUGUGCAAAGAAGCUAUAAAUGAAGCUAGAAACAAAUUAUGGCCAAGUAUGCAAGAAAGUGAAGAUAAACAACGAGAGAAAGAAGAUCGCGAAAGAGAAGAAAGACGAAGACGAGCAAAAGAAAGACAGCAAAAAUUAAUGGCUGAAUUUGCUAAUAAGCGAAAACAAUUCAUGGAAAAAGCAAUGGAAACAGAUGGAGCAGGAGUAUCUGGUAUGGAUUGGGAUCAAAAAGAUAAUGCAACAAAAUUAACUAGUAAAAAGGAAUAUGAUUGUGUUAUUUGCAGUCAAAGUAGUCCUAGUACUGAAGAUAAUCCUAUGGGUCUUGUUGUAUUAGUUCAAGGAACAAGUGUCAUUGGUCAUGAACGUCAACAACCAGAUAGACUAGUUUUACCUACAUCUGAUGAAGAUCCGCCUAUACCAAAGUGUGAUACACGCGGUGCCUAUUUUGAUCGUAGAAUGGAUGCAAUGGAUCGACAUUUUGAUACUGUCUCGUUGCUGUUAUCCAUUAAUUUAGGUUGGGAAGGUGGAGUUUAUGUUCAAACGUGUGGUCACCAUUUACAUUUAGAUUGUUUGUUGCCAUAUGUAAAGUCUCUUGGUCAUCAACAAAGACAACUUUCUCUUGCUGUAGAUAGUGGCGAAUAUUUAUGUCCACUUUGUCGACAGUUAGCUAAUUGUUUUCUUCCACUUUCUCCGCAAUUAGGAAAACGUGGAACAAUUGUACGAUCUCCUUAUGUUCCUUUUCCUACAAUACUUCCGGAGAUAAAUAAUCUUUUAAAAGAAAUACAACGAAAUUCAUCAACGAAACGAACAUUUUUGUCUGAAGCAAUGCGUAAAGCAGUACAAGAUAUGACAAGGUGCACAAAUUCUAAAUGUCAACAACAACAUAGUUAUAAAAGUUUGUUUGCUUUUAUAACUUCUAUAGCACGAACUAAUUUUGAAAUUGAACUCGUUCAACGUGGCGGAUCAUUAUGUAUUCUUCCACCUACUACAAUACCUUUAAGACCAAAACGUGAUUGUAUUGUUGCACUUCUUGAUGUACUUGCAAAAAAUGCACGUCUAUGUAUGUUUUGGCCGGUACAACAUACAUGGCAACAAUUAUCCGGGCUACCUGCAGAAUCAGCAACUCCACUUGCUCUAACACUACAUGAAGAAGAAGUUCCUUUACUUCUUAGAGAUCCGACUGCUCUUCUUAUACAAUUUAUAUUAUUACUUCCUUUGCAUUUGGAUCAAACAUAUUUUUCUAGCGUAGUAAAAGUAAUUUAUAACUUAUUGUACUAUCAAGUUAUAGUACAAAUAAGCGGUAGUCUCACACAAACAGAAAGGAAUACAUUUUUAAGGAGAGAAUGUAAUGAUCGCGGUUCUAUAUCUUCAGAAACAAUACUCUGUAAAAUCAUUGAAUAUUUCAAUAACAGUUCACUCUACCAUUCAGAUACUGUUUUAUAUGAUCCAUCCACUUCGUCGUGUACACCAUAUGCACGAGAUAAAAUGCACAGUAUCGAACAACAGAUUCAAUUUAUGUGUUUACCAUUUUUACGAAUAGCUGCAUUGCUUCGUUAUCAUUUGUAUGAGGAACCUUUACCUUUAAUUAAAACACCACAAGUCGAAUUUGCAAGAUUAGUAUAUUACUUAGAAUUAGUUACAGAAAGUAUGGAUUGGAAUAUGUUUAAUUCUGCUGUAGCUUUGAAUUGGCAAGAUAAUGAGACUAGUGCAUCAGUACCUCGUAUGUGGUGUGAUCAAUUUCUUGCAUUCUUAAAUCGAAGCGAUGCAGGCAGGUAUUUAAUUAUGGAGCAGCAUAUAUCAUGGCAAGUGCCCAAGUUACUUAGUCUUCCAAGGGAAUAUGAAAAGAUUUUUACGUAUUAUCAUGGACGACAAUGUCGUCAAGGUCAUUCAAUCCCACAGGAGAUUAGUAUUUGUUUGCUAUGUGGUGCCAUUGUUUGUUUAAAACAAAAUCGCAAACAAUGGAAUGUAUGCGAAGUUGUUCAACAUUCAAUUGAUUGUGGAGGUGGAACUGGUAUAUAUCUGGUAGUAACAUCAACUUAUAUUGUUGUAAUUCGAGGUCAACGUGUUUGUUUAUGGGGAUCUUUAUAUCUCGAUGAUUUCGAGGAAGAAGAUAGAGAUUUGAAACGUGGAAAACCUCUUUAUCUAAAUCAAGAUAGGUAUCAAUUAUUAGAACAACAAUGGUUAGCACAUAGGUUUGAUCAUACAAAAAAAACAUGGGUAUGGCAUCGUGACAUACUGUAACAUAUUACAGCGUUAAAAAGUGAUUAUGAAACAAGUCGAAGACUUUUAACAGGUUUAUUCCCAUACAAUGCCUCGCCAAGAAAUAACAUCGCUUUAAGAAUUAACAGAUUGCUCUAAUAUUUUAUGAUAAUUAUAUUUAUUAUGAUGCAAUGAGUAAGUAGACAUAAUAUUGAAUGAAAGUAUUAUAAGAAAAAAAUGAGGUGAGAGCUGAAUUAAUAUUGUUUAUAGUCAUAAUACAUAAAAGAUUAUAUCCGAAAAAAUGUAUGUUUUGAAUUACACAUUGUACAUUCUAUUUAAGUAUAUACAUAUAAAUUAUGUCCUAAUAAGAGAAGUACUUAUUUAGUAUGUAGCAUUUGUACUUAAGAGAUGAGAAUUAUUCAAAAUUCUUGAAAAUUUUUUAAUCGAAAUUUUGAUUAUAUUAGAAAUCGGAUAAAUUAUAUCGUUCAAGAUAAAUAAUAUCAUGAUAAUGUCAUGAUUCUUUAGAGGUGGAUUGAAUUUAUUGUGUGCUUCUUUUUAAAAUAGGGAAAAAUAGAAAAAAAGUCAUUAUAUUCUAAAUAAAUAAUCAUAAAUUUAUUAUAAUUAAUUUUUUGAUUACUAAAAAUUUUAUUUUAAAACUUCUUUGAAAUAUUAUCUAAAUAUUCUAUUUAAAAAUAGAAUAUUUUAUAUUAUUAUAAAUUGAAAAAUACAGAGGAUUAUAUUAGAUCUGUAAACAUGACAAAAUCAAAGACUGAUGUCUUUAUAAGAACUCUGUUUCUAAAUAAGUUUAAUAAUGAGCUCGAUUUUAAAUCUCUGUAUAAUUUGUUGCAAUUCAUAAUAUGUUUUACUCUGAUUCUGAAUUUAUAUGAGCAAAGUAGAAAUAUCGAUCUUGCAUAAAUUUUUAAUUAGAAGGUGAAGGGAAAAUUUUCAUGUUAAAUUGGCAGAAAUGUUAAGAAAAUAAUUUUGUAGAAUGAUAUGUUAAAUAUAUCGAAAAUGCAAAUUAUCGGAAUAUCAAAUUAACAUAUAAUCAGUAAAAAAAAGUUUCCAUGAAUUUAUAAGGAAAUUCAUCUAAACCAAAUCUAGUUUUAAUGAAAAUUUGUAUAUAUAUAGAAUAUAAUGGGUUGUAUAUGGAACAAUUUUUUUAUC